CUUGUGCUGAAACUGUCUAGUCGCGUUCGUUUGGGAGGACGGUGUGUCGGGCAUUCUGUUGAUUUAGGAUAGUUAAGGAGAGCUGUGGUGUGAUGUUAUCGGUUUGGUUUUGCAGUGGGUUUAUAAAGUAAUAUUGCAACGGAACUAUUGAACAUUAUUUGUGCAUCCCUGUAUUUGGUUGCGCAAACUUUGAGUAACUGUACGGUGUACACAUGUGUGUACCGGCGUGUAACCAGUGUAAUGAUGUCGGAAUUGUGAUUUUGUACAGUGUUUACUAUACAAACAUAUGACGGAUUACAGGUCAGUGUUUUUUAAAUGGCCAUUCCUAUAGCGGUCCUGGACUGCGACCUCCUCCUGUAUGGUCGUGGUCAUCGGACGCUGGACAGGUUCGACAUAGAAACGGUAUCGGAUGAGUUUUUAUUAACUACCUUUGGCUUUCCUCGGGAAUUCAUCUGCUAUUUAGUGGAGAUGCUGGGCGAGACUCUCUCGCGUCCCACGCAGAGAUCGAGAGCGAUUAGCCCAGAAGUACAAAUCCUCGCCGCUUUGGGCUUUUACACCUCUGGGUCCUUCCAGAUACGGAUGGGGGACGCCAUUGGCAUCAGCCAGGCUUCCAUGAGCCGUUGUGUCACUAACGUGACCAAAGCGCUGGUAGAGAAAGCAGCAGAGUUCAUUGGGUUUUCCAGAGACGAGGCGACCCAGCAGCAGGCCAGGGAAGAGUUCUACAGAGUCGCAGGAAUCCCCAGCGUUCUGGGGGUGGUGGACUGUGUCCACAUCGCCAUCAAGGCGCCCAAUGCUGAAGACCUGUCUUACGUGAACAGGAAGGGCUUCCACUCCAUCAACUGCCAGCUGGUUUGUGACCCCAGAGGGUUGCUGCUGAGCGCUGAGACACACUGGCCAGGGGGACUGCUGGACACUGCAGUAUUUCAGCAGUCAUCUCUGAAGAGGCUGUUCGAGGAGCAGGACAGUCAUAACGGCUGGUUGCUAGGAGAUAGCAAGUACCUUCUCAAGAAAUGGCUGAUGACACCUCUUCAGUACCCAGAAACCCCUGCAGAAUACCGUUACAAUAUGGCCCACACCGCCACGCACGAGAUCAUCGACCGGACCGUCAGGGCGAUGCAGACCCGCUUCCGCUGCCUGGACGGGUCCAAGGGCUAUCUGCAGUACUCCCCAGAGAAGUGCUCCCACAUCAUCCUGGCUUGCUGUGUGCUCCACAAUGUAUCCCUGCAGACGGGCCUGGAUGCCUGGACUUUCGAACGGACAGAAAACCCCGAGCAAUCAGAGGAAGGGUGCGAGCCAAUGGAAUCCAUGGACUCAGAGGCAUUCCGGAUCCGGCAGGAACUGAUACGCAACCAUUUCAGUUAAUACGUAUAUACUGUAUCAAACAAAAACGAGACUUGAGCUAUGAUCCUCGCUAAGGGAUGUCUCCUUGAAGAGUGUGCUUCGUCACAUGCCACGUUUAUAUGCGCAAUCUAAUUGGGUGGGUGUUUUGAUCAGAUUCAGUUCAGAAGCAUCAAUACCUCCGAAUAUGAUUGAGUUUGACAUAUAAACUCUGCACAUUUGUUUCCAGCUUAAAUAAUCAUUUCCAAAAGGAUUGAUUCCUUGUGCAUGUGUUUAGCAGCUUUUAACGCUGAAGAGUAGAGGUCUGUAAUUCAAUGGGACGUCAGUUUUCAGGAUGCUGGUUACAAACUUGCCGUCUUGCCCUCCCAGAUUCACAACCACUGUUUUCUUCAACAAGUCACUGCUAGUAUAAAGGGAGCCUCUGAUGCUAGUCUGCAUUAUUCUGAUAAUUACAAAAAUGUUUCUAUCACCUUAUUUAAAGAGCAUCAAACAUACAUUUUUGUGUUCUUUAUUUUCAUCCAUGUCCUUAUCUAUUGUUGUUUAAUAAACUGCUAUUGAGAUAUUUUGAAAGGA